UGUAACCCUGAAAUAGCGCGAUUUGUUAUUGACAAGCUGCUCCAGCUGGCAAUGGGCGCGUCGGCGAUUCCCGUGAUCUUGAUGACCCUCUUUUGGGGCCUGGUGGGCGUGGUGCUGCCCGUCGUGCUGCCCAAAGGACCCAACAGGAGUCUGAUGCAGUGCAUUCUUAUAACAACUGCUUCUUCGUGUUGGUUAUUUUGGCUGUGUUGCUACAUGCAUCAGAUGAACCCCCUCAUUGGGCCUGCUCUCCACAACACGACCAUCAUAGCAAUCAACAAAUUGUGGGAUGGGCCCUAGGUUGAGAAACCAAACCAGGACAGCUUUACACCAAGUGAGGUGAUCCAUCUGACAGUCAGGUGGAUUGGCGGUGUCAUGUCCGGCCAAGAAUCCAUUCCAGUGGAGAAGCAAAGCAAGAAAACUUCAAGAGUCCUUUGUUAUUGUAUCUUUCUCCCUUCUCUCCUCUCCUCUCUCUAUCAUUCUCUCUUAUAAUUUUCUCUCUGCCUUGACUUUUUUUUCUUUUUUUUUACACCAUUAUUAAAUGGAAUUAAGUAUUAAAUGUAUUAAAUGGAAUUAAGGCAGUUUUUCAGUUUUUCUUCAUUAGGUGACAAGAUUCUCUAACCAGUCUGAUUUUUUGCAAGCAGUUAUUCUUAUCUCUCUCCCUUUGUUUGAUGUCAUAGAAAUGGACCUAUUGGCAGUAAUAGUGUAAUGGGAAAAAUCAGUAAGAGUAUGUAUUAAGAAUGACUGUAUCAGAAGUAUAUAUAUAUAUAUAUAUAUACACAUAUAUAUAUAAGUUAAGGUCUGAUUGUCAUUAGUAGACAUUUUUGUUGUUGUUGUUUAUAAUGCAUAAGCAAAUAGUUUAUACCAUUAAGAUAUUUUUAAUCUUGAAAGUUGCAUCUUAUUACAAAAAAUGCAACAAGAAAUGAGCAGAAGUUAUAGAAAUUGGUAGAAAAUAAAUCCUAGACUCAAAAAUGUAAAAAGAACCACUUCUAGUGUUUGGUGGUGUGGAUGUCAUUUUGUUUCUCUAAUAUUUUAACCCACUUGUCUCACUCUGUAGUUAUCUCUGCACUAAAGUAAAGUAAGAAAUAAAAGGCUUUAAUGCAGGGGAGCAUCAUAGGUAAAAAUGUUUAAUAAGCAACAGCUAAAGGCACUCAUUUGAAUUUCAGUGUUACGCAGACAGAUUAGAGUUGUAAGAGAGAGUCCUGAUUGAAUCCAAAUGAUAUUGAAAAGGAAGUCCUAACAUAUCUUUUUUUCCUUCUUUUCAAAAGGGCAAAAUUUUUAGGGUCUCUUGUGACAGCAGAAGCUUGCAUGGGUCAGAUAAGUGGGUUUGGGAUAUAAAGGGAGUUAGUAUACAUCGUAUAGUAAUGCAUUGGACAAUUUUAAUGUGUGGAUUUUAUCAUAUUUACUAACCUAAUAUAUAUAUGUAGUAUCUUAAAGGUUAAGUGGCAUACUCUUGGCUGGGUGUAGUUUAGGAUUGGUGGAAAGAAAUACAUGGUUUGUGAACUAAUGCAAAUAAUUUCAGUGUACCGUUUUAUUGGAGGGGAGGUCAGUCUGUGAGAUGCCUCAGACCAGCAAAACCUGCACCACAACUAACAAUCUUGGUUCACAAACACGGUCAGUUUCUUCACCAAUUGAACUCUAAUUUCUAAGUGCAUCCACAAGAUUCUGAGCCACGGAUGAACCCCACCUACCUCAUCCAUAAAGCCACCUUUGGUGUCCCUUCAGCUUGGCCAAGGUCAUGGGCACCGUUAGAAAUAGCCCGGUCUCAAACAGUGAAUUAAAAUACACGUGCAUAAACCAACCUCGGUAAGAGAAACCAGAAUUCAAACUCUUACUUUACUGGAGAGAGGAACAGCACUCCCUGGGAGGGUGCUCCCUUGGAGGUCCCUCCCUUGGGGCUGUUCCCAUCAGGCCAAAGUGACACUUCCUGGCAGUAAAUCUGUAUUUCGAUUCUGGUUUGCAUUUACCGAAAGAAAUAUAUCAUUCAAUGACCUAAAUGCAACAUUUAUUUAAGAUAAUUGCUGUCUAGAUGAGGGGUGUAUUGUUGAAUUUAGGCUUUUUUUAUAGUUUACUUCAGCUAAACUUUUAUUUAUUUGUUUAUUUAUUCAUUUUAUUAUUAUUAUUAUUAUUAUUAUUAUUAUUAUUAUUAUUUUGUUUUUUGUAGAUAUUGUCUUUUUUUUUUUUAUAGAUAUCCGUGUUCCAAGUGUAUAUUUAUCAUAUUUUUUCUGUUCAUAUUUAAAUUCUCUAUAUUUUCAAAAUAGGAACAAAUUUUAACAUUCCACAAAGGGAGGAAUAAAUAUAUUUGCUUUCUCAGUCUCUUUAAGUACUGUGUGCACUAUUUCUGUUAUGUAUUAUUAUUUAAUGUAUGUCAUAGUAAGACUGUGUAUCAUUGCUUGUAUUAAGUAAUUACUGAAUGUAUGAUGUGGCUUUAGCAAUAUGUAUUGUCCUCUGUGGAUGUUGUACAGUGGUUGUAAGGAGUAUUGAGGAUAGUGUGCAAAUAUAACCUUCUAGUCCAUUAUUGAAUCUGUUUUAUUCUCACCUGGAAACUAGACAACAGUGUAUAUAUUUGUGUGUGUUUAUGUAUGUAUGUGUGCAUGUGUGUGUGUCCUUGUGUGGGUGGUAAGUCACACGAUGGGAAAUCAAUUCAAGUAAUCUAGGGAAUGCUUUUACCACCUAGAAAUAUUCGGCUGAUCUACAGUCAACUGAAAAUUAAGUACGAUAAUCUAUUUUUGUUCUCUUAAGAUGGUUAGUAUCAUUUCGAAACCAAGCGUACUCAUCAACAAACCAACAGUGCUUGUUGAGGAUAACUUGCAUUAUGAUAAACAAUUGUCUGUCGGUCAAAGGCAGAGACCCACACAAUGAUGACCUGUUUAUACCAUGGAGUAGGCUGAUUCAGCUAAGCAGUCAUGAUGAGUUUAGGAUUUGUGUUUGUACGAUUUAUAUUUGUAUAUAAUCAUUGCCCAUUAGUUCUCCUGUUUCAUGGAAGGGCAUCAGAUCAGUGUAUUAUUGACUGUAAUUUCUUUUGAUUUAUGUGUCUUUUGUUCAUUCUUAUUCUUUCUCGACAAUAAAUUUUGUGUUUGUA